CCACUUUUGCGAUUGAAUCAAUUUUUGAUUUGGUCUCUUUUUGCAUUCAAUUAAUGUAUUGGGCAUGAAAUUCUUAUAAAAAAAAACACAACAAAGAAAAAGAAGGAUUGUAUAGAAAGAAAAAUAUGUUUGCUCUCAUGAUUUUUUAUUUUGUCACAUAAAGAGAGAAAUAAUAAUAAUAAUGAGAGAAGGAGGAAAAAAGAGAACAUUUAAACUUGUGCGAAAUUAUCGUCUUUUUCUAAUGAUUCUGGACACAAAAACAAGAGUAAAGGAAAAACAGAAAGUAAUAAAGAUGCUUUAAUACUAUCAGAAUGUCGUAGGAAACUGAAGAAGAGUGACAAGAAGUGAGAGCGGCGACGUUGUGCGAAUCGUGAUAGGAAGGGUCGUGAUCUCUGUGACUGUGUCACUGCUGAGCUGGAGAUUAGAGAGCGUCGGAAUCAGAGAUGAAUUGAUGACUGCGGAAAGUCGAUGUUUUCUAAGCUCUGGCGAUCUCAUUAACCCUCAACAGGCUAUCAGGGGGCAAUUCAGCCACUUCUGACUACAACAGUCCUUCGAGGAAUUGCACAUUUUCUCCGAUCCUUCCAAAGUGUGGUUCAUUAGUUUGUCUGUCUCGAUGUGAACGAUGAUGUGAAGGCGAGAAGCAGUGCCUUCCCGGCCGAUGUCCAGGCGCAGCGAAAGUGCGAGCAACUCUCCAGUGGGUGUGUCAGCGCAAUGAGUGCCUCCAGGAUAGCGUUGAGGAGCGUGAGUCGCGGCCUCCUGGCCGCCAGGAGCUUCUCCUCUGCCGCCGCUGCGGCGGAGAAAACCAGUCUGUAUGACUUCCACGUGGCGAAUCAGGGGAAGAUGGUCAACUUUGGCGGCUUCCUGCUGCCCGUGCAGUACGGCGACUUCGGCAUCGCGGCGUCGCACAAUCACACACGCACGAAGGCGUCGAUCUUCGACGUGUCACACAUGCUGCAGACUUACGUGCGAGGAGCCGCUGCCAUUGACUGCAUGGAGUCCAUCAGCACGGCGGACAUCGCUGGGCUGCCCGAGGGCUCCUCCACUUUGACUGUCUUCACGAACGAGCGUGGCGGCAUCCUGGACGAUCUCAUCAUCACGCGCCUGUCGGACUCGCUGCUGUACGUGGUGUCGAACGCCGGCUGUCGCCAGCAGGACAUGGACAUCAUGUCCGAGGCGGCGGAGCGCUUCCGUCGCCGCGGCAAGAAUGUGGACAUGGAGUUUCUCACGCCUCAGGACAGAGCCUUGCUGGCGCUGCAGGGCCCGGACGCCGUGCGCUGCCUGCAGGAAGUGUGCGACUUCGAUCUGCGCUAUCUGUACUUCAUGACCUCCACCAGGGCCGAUGUGGCGGGCAUUGAGAACUGCCGCGUGACGCGCUGUGGCUACACUGGUGAGGACGGCGUGGAGAUCUCCAUGCCGGCCGACAGGGCGGUGCACAUCGCCGAGGCGCUGCUGGGCAGCAAGCUGAGCGCCGUGAAGAUGGCAGGACUGGGAGCCAGAGACUCGCUGCGAUUGGAGGCGGGAUUGUGUCUGUACGGCAGCGAUAUUGAUCAGGACACCACGCCGAUCGAGGCAAAUCUUGCAUGGCUAGUGGCCAAGCGACGGAGGAGCGAGAUAAACUUCCCCGGAGCCAAGAUUGUGGUGGAUCAGCUGAAGAACGGCUGCUCGCGUCGGCGCGUGGGCAUCCGCGCACUCUCUGGUCCACCAGCCAGACACGGAGUGGAGAUCUUCAGUGAGGACGCCAAGGAGAAGAUCGGAAGCGUGUCCAGCGGAUGUCCCAGUCCCACGGCGGGCGGAAACGUGGGCAUGGGAUACGUGAAGGAAUCCCACAAGGCCAAUGGCACGAAGCUUCAGCUGAAGAUCCGGGAGAAGUUCUUCCCCGCCGAAGUCGCUCGAAUGCCCUUCGUCAAGGCGAAUUACUACACAAAGCCCAAAUAGUGGGCAAUUGGCCAGUUCUCUCUGUGGAAGAAUAAAUCCUAGCAAGUCAGGACACUUUGCUGAAGUCGAUGAAAAGAAUUGUUUAUUAAAUUGUUUGUCCUAUUUACAUUUUAAAAUAGUGUCCCCAAGAUUUUCUGUGUUCUUAUACAAUAUAAACUCCUCUGGGCCUCUUGCGGCCUCACUCCCAUAGU